AUGUCGACAGCAGCAGACCAAGUGCCAUCAAGCCAGCGAGUCGUCCCCGGGUCGGUGAACAUCCCCAUCGCAUCAUGGCCAGCGAGCACGUGCGACACCAACGAGGAAACCGCCAAUGCUAUCACCGUAUCUUCGGAGGUUGUUGACUCGCUAAACCAAUCCUUGCAGGGCGGUGACUACAAGGCUGUGGCGGAUCUCUUCCUCGAAGAUGGCUACUGGCGGGAUCACUUGGGCAUGACAUGGGAUCUCCGCACUGCUAAAGGCAGGGAGAAGAUCGUCGACCUUCUCAGCCAGGGCCAUCACCUUGCCAAGGUCGAUAUCGACCAUUCAGCUCCGAAUCAUGGCCCCCGGGUGGUGCCCCUGAGGCAUGAUGGGUCCGUCGAGGGGAUCCAGUUCUUUACCAUAGUCACGACCAAGGUCGGAUCCGGCAGGGGUGUCGUACGUCUGGUGCAGAAGUCUGGCGAGUGGAAGAUAUGGACCUUCUUCACGUCGAUGGAUGAGCUCGCUAGGCAUGAGGAGGCGCUGGGUCCUAAUCGGGCGAACGGGGUCCAGCAUGGGGCCCAGGCGGGGAGGAAGAACUGGUUAGAAAGGAGGGCUGCGGAGUCAAACUUCGAGGAUUGGGAACCAACGGUACUCAUCAUUGGUUGUGGCCAGGCCGGGCUCUCAGUUCAUGCGCGUCUGAAGAUGCUGGAUGUUCCGGCUCUUACCAUUGACCUGAGCGAUGCCAUUGGCGACAAUUGGAGGAAUCGAUACCACCAACUCGUCCUCCAUGACCCCAUAUGGUAUGACCACAUGCCAUAUAUCAGAUUUCCCGAGUUCUGGCCAAUCUUCACGCCUAAAGACAAGCUGGCCAACUUCCUAAAGUCGUAUGCCGAGAUGCUGGAGCUCAAUGUGUGGAACAGCACCUCACUCGAGUCUAGCAUCUGGGACGACACGAAAAAGCAGUGGACUGUCACGCUCAAGAGGAAACACAAGGAUGGAUCCACCGAGAUGAGGACGAUGCACCCGAAACACAUCAUCCAAGCCACCGGCCACUCGGGGAAGAAGAACUAUCCCGAUUUCAAAGGCAUGGAGAACUUCAAGGGGGAUAUCCUCUGCCACUCCUCCGAGUUCCGAGGCGCCACGAAGAACGGCAACGGCAAGAAGGCCGUUGUGAUCGGCUCCUGCAACUCGGCACUCGACAUCUCGCAGGACUUCUACGAGAACGGGUACGACGUGACGAUAGUCCAGCGCUCGACCACUGCCAUCAUGAGCAGCAAAACUGUGUUAGAACUCCUGUUAGGACCCGUCUAUUGCGAAGGCGGACCACCCGUCGAGGACGCGGACCUGUUGUCGUGGAGCAUGCCGGGGGAGGUCUUCAAAGCCAUCAACGCCGAUGUCAACGUGCUGCAGGAAAAAGAGGAUCGCGACAUCAUCGACGGCCUCAACAAGGCCGGCUUCAAGACCGACCGCGGGCCGAUGGACUGCGGCCUGUGGUUCAAGUACCUGCAGCGGGGUGGGGGCUACUACAUCGACGUCGGCACCUCGAAGCUGAUCAUCGACGGCAAUGUCAAGGUCAAGCACGGACAUGGCGUCAGCGAGAUUCUGCCGCACGGCCUGAAGCUGGAUGACGGCACGGAGCUGGAGGCCGAUGAGAUCGUCUGCGCGACGGGAUAUCAGAACAUGAAAACAGCGACUGAGAUGAUUUUUGGCGAGGACGUGGCGAGCAGGGUGCAGGAUGUGUGGGGUUUUGAUGAGGAGGGGGAGACGAGGACGAUGUGGAGGCGGAGUGGCCAUCCCGGACUCUGGCUCCAUGGCGGCAAUCUGGCCAUGUGUCGGUACUUCUCCAGGGUUGUUGCUCUUCAGAUCAAGGCUCAGCUCGAGGGGUUGGCAUCCUAG